AUGUCACCAUUUCGGUUGGUGUAUGGGAAGGCGUGCCACUUACCUGUGGAGUUGGAGCACAAGGCUUGGUGGGCCGUGAGGAGAUUCAACAUGGACGUGGACGAAGCUGGACUUCAUAGGAAGUUGCAACUCAAUGAGCUUGAGGAAAUUCGAAAUGAUGCCUAUGAUAGUGCACGGAUUUACAAGGAAAAGACAAAGGCUUUUCAUGACAAGAUGAUUCGUGGAAAGACCUUUGUAGUUGGUCAAAAAAUAAGAAGUAACACUACUGGAGCUGAGUUCAAGGUGAAUGGCCAUCGUCUUAAGCCUUACUAUGAGUCGUUUGUGGAGCACAAUGUGGAGGAUGUACCCCUCCAAGAGACACCACCAACUGAGGAAUAA